GGCACCUGGAUUUCACAUGCCACAAGACCCCAAGCUUCCUUGCAUUCUGAUUGGCCCUGGAACUGGAAUUGCACCUUUUCGCAGCUUCUGGCAACAGCGGCUCUUUGAUCUCAAACAUAAAGGGCUGAAACCAUGCCCCAUGACACUGGUCUUCGGUUGCCGACAAUCCAAGAUCGAUCACAUUUACAAAGAAGAGACUUUGCUGGCCAAGAGCAGUGGGGUGUUGAAGGAGCUGUUCACAGCCUAUUCUCGUGAACCAGAAAAACCAAAGAAAUAUGUGCAGGACAUACUGCAGGAGCAAUUGGCGAGCUCAGUCUACAAAGCCCUGAAGGAGAAGGGUGGCCAUGUCUACGUGUGCGGUGAUGUCACCAUGGCUGGAGACGUCCUCAAGACCAUCCAAAGUAUCGUUCAGGAACAGGGGAAGCUGUCAGCCGAGGAAGGCAUCGCGUUCAUUAGCAAGCUGAGG